AGCGAGCCAGCACAUUGGCGUGAGCCGGGGGGAGGGAGGGCGGGCGCGGGGGGCGCGGGCAGGGCGGGGAGGGGGGGUGUGUGCGCGCGCUCCGAGGUCUCGGGCCGGCCAUCGCCCGCGCGAGCUUAGAAGCGCCCCAGCCCGCCCGGCAAGCUGGCUCACCCGCUGGCCACCCAGCCCAGCCCGCUGGCCCCUCUCCUGCAGCCCAUCUGGAGGAGCGGCGGCGGCGGCGGCGGCGGCGGCGGCGGCGGCGGCGGCAGGAGAAUGGCCUCGGAACUGGCGAUGAGCAACUCCGACCUGCCCACCAGUCCCCUGGCCAUGGAAUAUGUUAAUGACUUCGAUCUGAUGAAGUUUGAAGUGAAAAAGGAGCCGGUGGAGACCGACCGCAUCAUCAGCCAGUGCGGCCGUCUGAUCGCCGGGGGCUCGCUGUCGUCCACCCCCAUGAGCACGCCCUGCAGCUCCGUGCCCCCUUCCCCCAGCUUCUCGGCGCCCAGCCCGGGCUCGGGCAGCGAGCAGAAGGCGCACCUGGAAGACUACUACUGGAUGACCGGCUACCCGCAGCAGCUCAACCCCGAGGCGCUGGGCUUCAGCCCCGAGGACGCGGUCGAGGCGCUCAUCAGCAACAGCCACCAGCUCCAGGGCGGCUUCGAUGGCUACGCGCGCGGGGCGCAGCAGCUGGCGGCGGCGGCGGCGGCCGGAGGAGGAGCGGCGGCCGGCGCGGGCGCCGCGCUGGGCGGCGGCGGCGAGGAGAUGGGCCCCGCCGCCGCCGUGGUGUCCGCCGUGAUCGCCGCGGCCGCCGCGCAGAGCGGCGCGGGCCCGCACUACCACCACCACCACCACCACCCGGCCGCCCACCACCACCACCACCACCACCACCCGACGGCCGGCGCGCCGGGCGCCGCGGCGACGGGCGGCGCGUCCGCCUCCGGCGCGGGCGGCGGCGGCGGCGGGGCCCCGGGCAGCGCCGGGGGCGGCGGCGGCGGCGGCGGCGGCGGAGGAGGAGGAGGAGGCGGAGGCGGCGGCGGCGGCGGGGGCGCGGCGGGGGCGGGGGGCGCCCUGCACCCGCACCACGCCGCGGCCGGCGGCGGCCUGCACUUCGACGACCGCUUCUCCGACGAGCAGCUGGUGACCAUGUCCGUGCGCGAGCUGAACCGGCAGCUGCGCGGGGUCAGCAAGGAGGAGGUGAUCCGGCUCAAGCAGAAGAGGCGGACCCUGAAAAACCGCGGCUAUGCCCAGUCCUGCCGCUUCAAGAGGGUGCAGCAGAGACACGUCCUGGAGUCGGAGAAGAACCAGCUGCUGCAGCAGGUCGACCACCUCAAGCAGGAGAUCUCCAGGCUGGUGCGGGAGAGGGACGCGUACAAGGAGAAAUACGAGAAGUUGGUGAGCAGCGGCUUCCGAGAAAACGGCUCCAGCAGCGACAACCCGUCCUCUCCCGAGUUUUUCAUAACUGAGCCCACUCGCAAGCUGGAACCACCCCUGGAAACAGCACAUUUUCGAAGUCCCGGACAUUUCUACUUACAAAUGUGUCCCCCAAAUGAAAUUUAUGUGACAGCCACACAUUAAAAAUAGUAUGAAUUAUUAUUAUUA